UGCCAUUUACUUCGUGGUUUUUUUUUCCUCUCUCUCUCUCUCAGCUUUUAGCCUCGCAGUUUCUGAACCAGUAAAAAGGGAACUCUUCCCAGCAAACAUUUCAAAAACCAAACCCUAGUGUAAAACGUUUCCGCCAUAAUUUAGUAAAAUCAUUGAGAAAUUCACCGGUAUAGCAGUUAAAUUUCCAGCUGAAUAGGAAAAUUCGGUGCGCGCGAUGGUUUUAGGGAUUUUUGGUGAAUGAAAUCGAUCAAGGCUCUGUAGGAUUUCAGCACUGGAUCAAGGAAAACCAAGCUUUUUAACAGCGGAAGUCAUUGAACUGUUGCAGUCUAAAAUAUAUGGUAACUUGAAGACAACGGUGUGUGCAACCUUUCCAACUUAGAGGUUUCCUUGCCGACUCAAUCUGGUGGUUUAUUCAUCGUUGGUCUUUUUGAAUCUGGUUGAUGAGGGGUGUUCGGGUGGCCGUGGAUGGGCUGCCAACUAAAGGGUUGGUGGAAGUUAAUCAGGAUCAUGUGCAGGAUGACCAAAGGGCAGUAAAAAAUGGAAUUACAGGCGAUGGACAUGGAAUCUCCGAGGAAGGUGAGUCAAGGACCAAUGAGGAAGUCAAUAAUGGGCGCAAAGAUCUUGUACAGGCCCAGACUGUUCUCCUUGCUCAGCAUCACCAGCAGCAGCAGCCUCAGGGGCCAGUUGUCCGUUGGGAGCGCUUUCUUCCUGUCAGGUCCCUAAAAGUUCUGUUGGUGGAAAAUGAUGAUUCAACCCGCCAUGUCGUCAGUGCACUGCUUAGGAAUUGCAGCUAUGAAGUGACUGCUGUAUCAAAUGGUGUGGAAGCAUGGAAACUAUUAGAGGACUUAACCAAUCAUAUUGACCUUGUUCUAACAGAAGUAGUCAUGCCCUGUUUAUCGGGGAUUGGCCUCCUAUCCAAGAUCAUGAAUCAUAAAACUUGCAAGAAUAUCCCAGUAAUUAUGAUGUCAUCUAAUGAUUCUAUGGGCAUAGUCUUUAAGUGUCUGUCAAAGGGUGCUGUUGACUUUUUAGUGAAGCCUAUUCGAAAGAAUGAGCUUAAAAAUCUCUGGCAGCAUGUUUGGAGGAAAUGUCACAGUUCAAGUGGUAGUGGGAGUGAAAGUGGGAUACGGACUCAAAAAUCAACAAUGUCAAAAAGUGUUGAAGGUUCGGAGAAUAACACUGACAGUAAUGAUGAGGAUGACAAUGGAAGCAUUGGGCUGAAUUAUAGAGAUGGAAGUGACAAUGGAAGUGGCACUCAGCAGAGUUCUUGGUCAAAAAGGGCUGUAGAAGUUGACAGUCCUCAACCUAUGUCACCAUGGGAUGAUUUAGCAGAUCCCCCUGAUAGCACCUGUGCUCAGGUUAUUCAUUCAAGGCCAGAGGCACAUAGCAGUAACUGGGUGCCCGUAAAUGCCACCAGAAAGGCCCAUAAAUGUGAUGAUGAUCCUGAUAAUGUUGCAAUGGGCAAAGAUUUGAGAAUAGGAGUUCCUAGAGACCCAGACUUGCAGCUCAAAGACCAAAGUGAUGAGGUACAAGGUAAUAUGGCAAGUACUGAGAAGCGCAAAUUUUCAACUCCAGACAUCAAGAAAGACUGGGAGAAAAUGGAAAAGGGUAUGGUGGAGUACCGCAAUGAGAUGGCGAAAGAUGAAAUACAGGACAAAGACAAUGAUCUGAUGGGUGCCAUUACCAAUAUCACUAUGACUCACGGAGGUAAUGCACGCAACGAAGUUCAGAAUGACCCAUCAAAGAUCGCUGUACAAAAAGAUAUGGACCUGUACAAUGCUAAAGAACUGCCAUCCCUUGAGCUUAGUUUGAAGCGACUAAGAGAUGUAGGCAAUGGUGGAAACAGUACCCCAGAACGUAAUAUAUUAAGACAUUCGGAUCAUUCCGCAUUUUCUAGGUAUAACACCACAUCUACCACUAACCAGGCACCAACUGGAAUUGUCGGCAGCUGUUCUCCAGUUAAUAAUAGUUCAGAAGCCGCAAAGACUGAAUCAAUGCAAAAUUUACAGUCUAACUCAAGUGGAACACCUAAUCAGGGUUCUAAUGGCAGUAGCAACAACAAUGACAUGGGCUCCACUACAAACAACGGUUUUACUAAGGCGGAAACAUUUGGCGAGAAAACAACCCCCAGAGCUGCGGUUAGUGUUCGUCCUUGUUCUGCCUUUCAGCCAGUACAAAAUGGCUAUGAUACUUCCCCCCAGCCUAUGACAGCGGGGAAGCCUGAUUCUGCGAAGACAAUGGUGGCUCAAGCAAGGGCCAUGCACCAGCAACCUCAAGUGGAACACCACCACCACCACCAUUACCAUCACCAUCACCACCAUGUUCAUAGCUUGCAGCAACAACAGCAGCUACUUAAUGGUGAUGAUUUGUCUUUGCGAAACAUGAUGUCGGGUGCUCCACAAUGUGGGCCCUCCAACAUGUUAGGUGUCGCAAUUGAAGGUAAUGCCGCUAACUAUGGUAGUGCAUCUGGAAGCAACAAUGGAAGUAACGGGCAAAACGGGAGCAGCGGACAGAACGGGAGCAGCACUGCUGUGAUUGUGGAAGGAACAAACGUGGCAAGUGAUAAUGGAGCCACUGGAACAUGUGGGGCUGGUGGAGGAAUUGCCAGUGGAAGCAGGAGUUGUGUAGAUCAGGAUCGUUUAGCACAAAGAGAGGCUGCUUUGUACAAGUUUCGCCAGAAGAGGAAAGAAAGAUGCUUUGAGAAGAAGGUGAGAUAUCAGAGCAGGAAAAAGUUGGCUGAACAGAGGCCACGUGUUCGUGGGCAAUUUGUGCGACAAACAGCUGAUGAUAACAAAAGCAAAGACAGAGACAAAGAUCCAGACAGCUAACGCCUGCCCUUUCUUGGGUGCGUAUCACAGAUAUGUAAAUGAAGAUUAGCAUUGAUCCUAGAUAGGGCAGGAGUAUUAUGAGUACAUGAUUGGUGGUUUUUGCAAAGGUCAGAAAAGCUAUCAACUGGAUGUAUGGCAAUUGAAGGCCAUAGUAAUCGAGUGAUGAACCCUUUUCUUGAGUUCUGUUGGUUGUCUAUUCUAUAUAGUUGCUACUGUACCGCUAGUAAGUGUUCAUGACCGCGUCUAUGCUAAUAAGAUUCUUAAAAUCGGGAAUGUGUUUCUGCUUAUGAUUUGUUCCUGGACGAUGUCUGAAAAGUUCUCAAAUAAAGUGUAUUUCUCCUCAGUUUUAGUUCA